CUCACGCCCACCUGGAAUGGUCUUUGCGAAACCAAAAUACAUUGUGCAUAUACAGUCGUGGAGGGUUUAUUCAUCCUCUUGCUUCGCAAAAACAUUUCGCUUUGAGUCAUUGUUUUGAUCACUCAGUGAAUAACUUCGGAUCGGUUGUUCUGGUUGAUUCAGGGAGGAAGGUUACGACUUUGUGGGGCAGGAUGGAAAUUUCAGAUCACUUACCUUUAGUCUUUUAGCACUAAAAGUCUGAGUGGGACACUCAUAAUUGGUGAAUGGGUAUCCAAACUAUGGGGUCUCAAGGCGGCGGUGACAGUAAUGGAAAACAGUCACAGUUCCAGCCUUUGGUGCGGCAAAAUUCAAUGUACAGUCUCACACUUGAUGAGGUUCAGAAUCAAUUGGGUGACUUAGGAAAGCCAUUAAGUAGUAUGAACCUUGACGAGCUUCUAAAAAACGUAUGGAGUGCUGAGGCAAACCAGUCUAUGGGCAUGGACAUUGAAGGCCCAGCACAAGCUAGUCAAACAGCUCUUCAGCGUCAAGCUAGUCUGUCAUUAACUAGUGCACUAAGCAAGAAGACAGUUGAUGAGGUUUGGCGAGAUAUCCAACAAAACAAAAGCAAUGAGGGGAAGAAGACUCGGGAGAGGCAGCCUACUCUGGGAGAGAUGACAUUAGAGGAUUUCUUGGUGAAAGCAGGAGUUGUUGCGGAAGCUUCUUCUGAUAAAAAGAAUACAGGUCCCGUGGUUGGUACUGAUUCAGCACCACAGUUUCCUCAACAAGGUCAGUGGAUCCAGUAUCCACAACCACAAUAUCAGCAUCCUCAACAAAAUUUAAUGGGAAUUUAUAUGCCUGGCCAUAAUAUGGGUCAGCCAUUACAUAUGGGAGCUGGUUCUGCACUGGAUGUUCCUUUUGCUGAAAUUCCAGUGGCACUGCCUUCACCUAUGAUGGGACCACUGUCAGAUACACAGACAUCUGGUAGAAAAAGAGGCACGCCAGAUGACAUGAUUGAGAAAACUGUUGAGAGGAGGCAGAAAAGGAUGAUCAAGAAUCGGGAAUCUGCUGCCCGUUCAAGAGCAAGAAAGCAGGCUUACACUCAUGAAUUGGAGAAUAAAGUCUCACGUUUGGAAGAGGAAAAUGAGUUGUUGAGGAAACAGAAGGAGCUAGAGAGCAUGUUGCCUUGUGCACCGCCUCCUGAGCCGAAAUAUCAGCUCCGACGAACAACGUCAGCCCCUUUCUGACAUUAUUGUCUAAAGCUGGGUGUGUGUACUUUGUAGAUAUGAGCAUCAAGGGAUGCGUUUUCUUCAAUUAGUGUGAGGCAACCACCUACAUUCUGGUCUCUUAGGGAUCAGAAAUAGCUGUUUGAUGCAUUUGCAUGCAAUGGCUUGCUUUUUCCUGUUUUUAGGCUCUACAAAACUCAGUGAGAUCCUUGAGGUAAAAGUUUUCUAGGAAACUUUGUAGUUUUACCAUUUAUUUAUAUAUAUAUAUAUAUAGUCUGUUUGAUUA